CAGAGCGAAAUUAAGGAGUAAUCUUUAAUUAUUUUCUACUAGAAAGUAAGUAUAGAAAGUAUAUAGUUUAAAUAUAAACUAUUUCCAACUAGAGUACUAACUAACUAGAGUCUAGAGUCUAACUUAGAGUACUCUAAUCUUAACCUCCAUCUUAACCCCACCCAGAGUGUGACCAUAACUCUAUACGAAUUUCUUCAAGUGUGCCCCUGCUAGCCAGAAAUCAGGAUAUUAUUCGGACUCACUGCGCAUGCCCCAUGGCUGGAUGCUGUCCUGUCAAUGCCUCUCCAGAUGACAACAGUUCACCAGUAGUGGAAGUAAUCCCUCCUGGCUUUCAGUGUGUUUCUGGAGCAGAUUGCGUUCGGCCGUGUAUUGUUAUCGCGAUUCCUUGGACUUCGUUCGGAUCCGACUUUUAAGUUCCUAGCUUGUUUAUAAACUUUAUAAACGGCAGGACAUUACAAGUGCGCCAUUACAAAUCUUAAAUAAAAUAUAUCCUUUUGUGAAGUUCGAAACAGGAGACUUAAACUUAAGGAUACACGGGACACGGGACACGGGACACUCGCAUGCUGCAACGGGAAUACGGUAAAUGCCAAACGAUAUAGUUGCAUGUCAGCGCCAGACAAUGGAACCGCCCACAAAGGACCCAUUUUUCCAUAGAAUUUCAUAAAUGUUGGCAUGCCCGUGGCGGAGCAGGAACAGGACCAGAGUCUGGUUUGGGGCGCUAUAGGAGCAACAUGAGAGGAGCCUUGGGAGCUCGCUGACUCGGUCGGAGUACAAGUGAAGUUGAAAACGGAUAUCGGCUCGUUAAGUCUCGAAUAUAGUGAGGAUCAUGGGCAGUCUUCCGAAUCUUCACGAGCUGGAGGAGGCGGAGCGCAAGCGGGAGAAGCGGCGGGAGUACGAGCUACUGCUGGAGCAGCGGGCCAGGGACACCAGUCGAGAGCGGGAGCGUCUCUCCGCCUUCGCCCAGCAACGAAAGCAAUCCUCGUACAAUGCCUAUAUCAUGGCUGGUCUGGGCAUCGGUGGUGGCUCCUUGAGUCUCACGGCAACCGGGAAUGGUGAACUGCCCAGUGCCAAUGGCACUGCAUCCGGGAAGACCCAAUCCCAGGGCACGGGCGGCGCCAAUCCGGCCACCAACACAACCACGCUGAGCGGCUUCGCCAUGCUGGGUCUGAGCAAGAAGUACCAGCACCACCAUCCACAUCAGCACCAGCACCAGCACCACCAGCACCGCCACUCGCUGACCACGAGGCAUCGGGUGCUCCGGACAAGGAGCUCCGGUGGGACACAGAACGUCUGGGACGAACAGAUGAUGGAGCACCUGACCACCUACUCACCCUCGCCCAUAUCGACGCGGUCGCAUCGCAUCAAUCCGGUCUCCUCCUACCAGGUCCAGGCUGCCCUGGCCGCUUCGAGGCGUCGGGAAUCGAUCAACAGCUCCAUCGGAGCCACCUCCAUCCGGCGGCUGAUCACGCUUAAUAACCGCAACUGCCGUCACAAGGUGCCUGCCCACGUCCGUCAGAAGGCGUGGCGGCAGUUCACAUGCCUCAGCCUGGCCCACGGCCUGAUGAACUGCGUCCUGCUGCCGGUGAUGGCCCUCCAGGGCUCCAACGCUGUCUGGCAUCAUCGGGAACAGUGGCUGCCACUGGGACCGGACGUGGGCUCCCUGCUGCUGAGUCUGCUGUUCCUGGUGGCCGCUGGGAUGAGCCUGCCCAGCAUUCGGCUGAUCCGCAGGUACGGAUAUACGCUCCUGCUGGCGGCCAACUACUUGGCGGUGACCCUGUUCCUGGUCUCGCACCUAUAUGCCUCGAUCUACACGCUACUGCCGGCCUAUCUGUUCCUCGGGAUGACCAUCAGUGGAGCCGGUGGCUCCAAGGCGGCCCUGAUCGUCCACUACGGUGGGAAGCUGAGCUGCUCCCAGCAACAGCAGCACUCCUGCGACGCCCAGCAGGCCCAGGACGUGCUUGUCCACGAGGAGCACAAGGUGUUCUGCAACCGGGAUCAGAAGGUGAGACGGCUGGCGCGCUGGUUUCGUGCUUCGCAGGAUCUGGGUAUGAUAGUGGGUGCUCUGCUGGCCUCCCUGCUCCUGGCCUGCACCCAGGGGGACUGGAGCACGGACUGCAAUGCCUCUGGAUCCUCGAACGAUAGCUGGCCGCCGCAGCUGCGGGAUUUCUACAAUCGCAACGAACACGGGGAGAGGAUCUGCGGCGCCGACAUGUGCCCGUUGCGGGUGCAGUCCCUCCUGUCCGUUGGCUGGAGCAACAACAGUUCCCCUCCCGGCCGCAGCGGCUCCUCCAUCUAUUCGGGCUUCAUCGAGAGUGGUCCUCGUGUGGCCGGAGAGUCGCUGCUGUGGCUCUACAUUCUCUUCUCUCUGGCGGCGCUGACGUUGUCCCUGCUCAUGGUGGUGGUGGGCAAGGUCCAGGCCACCGGACUCCUUCGACCCACUGAACGAACUGGCGGCGGCAGCCUGAGGGAUGUUUCCAUUACGGAUACCCUGCUCUUCGCCGGUCCUCUGGCCUACUUCGUGGGCACGGAACAGGCCUACAUGCUCGGCGACUUCCUGAGGGCCUUCGUGUCCUGUUCCCUGGGAAUCGGAAUGAUUGCCGGCGCCCUGAUCGGCAUGGGUCUGAUGCAGUUGAUCGUCUCCUGCACCCUCAGCAUGCUGCUCCGCCACGUCAAGCGGAUAGUUGUGAUUUUGGCCGGCUUCUUUUUCCACUCCUGCCUGCUCCUGGCCCUAUCCAGCUGGAAGCCAUCGAGCGACGACAGUGCCCUCUUCUACGUGAUCGCCGCCUCCUGGGGUGCCUGCAACGGGAUGUGGGAGACGUUGCUCCUGUCGCUGGUGACCCUCAACCAUGCCGGAAACGUGGCCGAGGUCUCUGCCCCCCUACAGGGACUGCGAUUUCUGGGCCUUGGACUCACCUUCGCCGGUCAUGGCUUCCUCUGUGAAUCGGUGAAGAUCAUAGCCCUGGUGGUGCUCCUAGUGAUCAGUGUUCCGCCGUAUGCCACGCUGGAGAUCCGACUGGAGGCGCAGCGCAAGGCGACGCUCAUCAGCUUAUGACGCAGCAUCUUCAGCUAGUCCCGACGCCUGCGACGGGGCACCGUUGCCCGGACCCACACCAUGUGAUUCCGGAGGGGGAAACGGAGCACGGAGCAGAAGCGUCGGCAGAUACAUUGGCAGUUAGAGUGGCAAGAGUCCCAAGAAGAGGAUGAAAAUGAAAUGAAACCAGUCAGUAUUCGAGAUACAGAUCGAGAGACAAAAGUCAGAAAGAAGCUAGUGAAGCUACACUUCAGUAUUUCCACACCAUCGGAGGUGGGGGGCUGAGGGUUGCCAGGGUUGCCAGGGUUACGAAGGUUCUAAGGGGUAUACCUAUGUAUCUAUGUAUCUUAUGUGUCCGCUGUCCGCUGUCCUCUGUCCGCCAAAAAUGAUUGUAAUUUAAUUAUAAUCCAUCCUGUUUUUGAAGUUCUAUCAAAGUUGUGUGUCCUUCGUAACCCCCAGUCCCCUGCCCCCGAUAGAGAGGCCUAGGAUUUUAGUUAGUUCCCUAAGAUAUAGAUCCGUAAGAUUGAUUUAUGAAUAUCUAUUACUUAUAAAGUGGGGAGUACUUCGGUUCCCCCCAUCCGAUAUGUGCAUUCCAAUUGUAGCAUUUGCCAGUGCCAGUAAUGUUGUUCCAUGUCUGUAAACCUACUUAUAUAUACUAUAUAUAUAUAUAUAUAUCUAUCAAAUAGAGAACAAAAAGGUCUAUAAAAAGAUAUAGAUAGAUAGAGAGAGAGAGAGAGAGAGAGAGAGAGAGCUUUAUGGGGAUUACUCUCUACAAUAAACAAGUAGCACUAUAGAGCGUUAUAUUAUACAUAUAUUCAUAUAUCCGAGAUCUGGAUCGGGAUCGGGAUCGAGACGAUAUCAAUUGAUGUAUCUGCGUACUAUAUACCACAUAUGACUUUUGUGCCAUCGCCAGUGGAUUUCCUAACUCAAAAAAACCAAAAACUAUCUUCUAUCGUAGGUGUAUUUCAAAUCGAAAACUCAAAAAAACCAAAAACCAAAAUCCAGUCCAGAAUCGAUGUUUUUAUUCGUAUAGAUUAUUGAUGUUAUUUGUCCCUUAUUUGUACCUCUUUUUGCCAGAUAUUCUACACCAGAGAUUCCAAAUCACAGAUACAUAUUACAGAUCACAUAAAUAUUCAUGAAAUAUUAUGAUAACAAGGUGAAAUCCUAUAAGCUAUAGGAUCUAAGAACAAUGUUAACAUUUUGACAAUUUUGAGAUUAACCAUUUUGCAAAAAAAAAAAAGAUACCGACAGUUGAUAGCUUCGCAGCCGAUUUUCAUAGAUCGAACAUAUAUAUAUAUAGAGUAUAUACAAAUAAAUAUAUAUAUUAAUAUAUAUAUAUAUUUUUUUUUUAUCAUCAAUCUGCAUGCAUAUUGAAUACUGGAUAUUAAAAAUGAAUUAAAUCGCAAAACAAAAAAAUCACAAAACACAAAAUACAAAAACGAGUUUCCACAAUCGAGUUCUACAUGUUUGGAUGUAUAUUGUAUAUUAUAUUGUAUGCAUUAUAUGUGUCCAGCUCCAGAUUCAAAUUUAAUAAAGAUUCCAUCAAAAUAAUGAUACUAUUUUUU